AUUUCUCCUAGAAGACAUCACAGAUUUGAUGAGGAUCGUCAUUUUGAUAGAAGACAUUACAAAUUAGACUAUGAUCCUGAAAUAAAUGAGGAAAUGGACCCUAGAUUUAGAUAUGAAAGUGACUAUGACAAAAAGCCUUUGAGGGUGUUCCAUGCUGAAAGAAAUCGGGCACAAAGCAAUUCUCCAACUAAUGAACAGGCAAGGUCCUCCACUGGUAAAGAUGAUAUUCCACAUACAACAGGGCUCAUUCUUGGUAGUCAAGACCGGGAACUUAUUCAGAGAAAAAAAGAGAAAUACAGACAAGAGCUAAUGGAACAGAUUGCUGAGCAACAGAGAAAUAAGAGACGUGAAAAGGAACUUGAGCUCUCAGUUGCAGCUUCUGGAGCUCUGGACCCAGAGAAGGAGCCUAACAGAUUGAAGCAGUUUGGUUUGACAGAAAGAGCUUCUGAAGAAAAGGCACCCCCUGAAAGGCCCAGAGUAGCUUUUCAAACUCCUAUACCUGCACCUACUACUUCACCAGUGAAUGAAGACUUUCACAGAGGAUUAUCCAACACCCUUGGUGAAAUAGUGGCUCCCAGGAUUGCUCUUCUACCUCCACCUCCACCCCCAACUUUGACAGACAACUACAGAACUCCCUAUGAUGAUGCAUACUAUUUCUAUGGGGCUAGAAAUCCUUUGGAUCCUAAUCUUGCAUACUAUGGCACAGGAAUGAUGGGAAUGCAGCCUGCACCUAAUAUUGAGGAUUUUCCAGGGAAAGUACCAGCAGAUCAGGCUGUAAGUAACAUUGGACAGAGAAACACCGGUGAUCGACCCAGAAGUCUAGGGAUAUUUCCUGAUGAAAAACCAAAGCCCUUUAAAGAGUCAACUUUAUCUUAUCAAGAAGAAUUGCAACAGCAGAUAAGAGAAAGAGAAGAACGACGCAGACGAGAGAGAGAGGAAAAGAAACUACAUGAAGCCAAGUUAGAAGCUGAAAUGAGAAAUUAUAAUCCUUGGGGCAAAGGAGGUGGUGGGGCUCCUCUCAGAGAUACAAAAGGAAAUCUGAUAACUGACUUGAACAUGAUGCACAAGCAAAAUGAAGAUGCGUAUCAUAACCCAGAGGCAAGACACUAUCAAGAUAAAAGGUCUGUUGUAUCGGUUGACCAAAGUUUGACCUCCCCAAGACCUGAGAACACAGAAGCAUCUACAAAUAAAAUAGCAGGUUUUACAUUUGCACAAACCUCUCCCUAUGUUCGAGGUAACAUAUUUGGUGAGCCACCAUCUGAACAACAACUUUUGCGGCAAGAGGCAUACAAGAAUUUUCUUCGUUUGCAGAUUGAGGAAAAGAGACUCAGGGAAGAGGCAGAGCGUGAAAAACUUAGAAUUGAAGAAGAAAAAGAAGAAAAGCGACUAGCUGAACAGAGGACCAGAAUUCAAAAAGAAUAUGAAGAGGAACAGGAAAAGAAAAGAAGGAAAGAGGAGGAGCAAAGAUUAAAAAAUGAAGAGCUAAUUCGAUUAACUGAAGAAAGACGAAAAGAGGCUGAAAAAAAGAGGAAAGAGGAGGAAGAAAAACAGAAUGAACAACUUAGACAAUAUUAUGAGCGAGAAAAAAUAGCAAAGAUGGAAGAGGAAAAAAAGGUGUUUUCGAGGCAACCUUCUCCUGUCAUUCCUGCUCUUCAGAACAAGUCCUUACAGAAGGAUGAGAGGCCUCCUUCUGUUGAAAGUCAUAUGUCUUAUUACACGCAAGAUAUUCCACAAUCCAGGGUUCCGUCUCCUCCGGUCCCAGCUAGAAGAAACCAGAUGCGUGCAUAUGAGGAAAGAAAGAAUGUGAUAAAUGAGCUGUCAGAGAUGAGGAAACAGCUCCGAAGUGAAGAGCGGCGACUUCAGGAACAAUUGCUCAAUGUAGCCAGUGAUGAUGAUGUAGCCGUUACAAGGAAAAGAGAGAAAAAUGUAAUGGAUGUAUUUGAGAUGGCCAGGCUUCGGAUGCAAGCUCCAGUCAGGCGACCUUCAUCAAAGGGUACAGCUGAUCCUGUCAAUGUUCAGAAUAUCAGGGAGUUCAAUGAACUUAAAUACAGAGAUUCAGAAACACGAGCAGACUUAAGAUAUAUGUACCCCGAUUCCCCAAAAGAUGAUCAAACCUUAGAGAUUCAACAGCAGGCAUUGCUAAGAGAGCAGCGGAAGAAACUCAACAGAAUGAAAAUGAGGAGGAAUGCAGAAGACCAUGAUGAUUCUGUUCCUGACUUUAACCCACGAAACAUGGGACUGUUCAGAAAUGAAUCCAGUGAAUUCUUGAAAAAUUCACUAUUGGAAUCUGAGAGUGCUUUCAUUGACACUAAUGGGGAAACCUUUCCAGCUUUCGAAGAAGUUAAUUUAUCUUCACAGCCACCACCAUCUGCAAGGGAGAGGAGACGAAUAAAGAAGAAAGCAAUGGAAUUUACUGAUGAUGUCCCUUUUAGCAAGUCACCGCCGCCACAGCCUGACAGCUUCUCUUUGCACUCAAGCUCCAGUCUCAAUGUUGAUCAGCUGAAAGCCAGGAAUGAGGAACGAUUGCGAAGACUGAAUGAGUUGCAGAAGAAAUCUGUUAACCUAGGUGAUGAUAUUUCCCUGGGAGAUGCUGAUGACAUUUUGAAGCAGUUUCCAUAUAAAGGUGGCAGAAGGCCCACCUCUGUUGACACAGUAGCAACAGACCCUUGGCUGCGACCUGGAACAUCAGAGACCGUGAAAAGAUUUAUGGCCGGGCAGUCAGACCAGGCUAAACUUUCUUCUGAAAAUACAUUACCCUUUGGUUGGCAGGGACUGUCAACUGCACAUGGUUAAAUAAAUCUAUAUUGAAACCAGCUGUGCCUUUAAUCAUAGAGGAAUGUUAAUCACUACUGCACUUUUAACACAUUCAUUUUAUGUUCUCUUGUAAGAAUAGUCUUAUGUAAAUAUUGUGAGCUGUAUGUAUAGGGUGUUUUUUUUUUAAUGUUAAAGAAGCAGAAGCUGUAAUGUAAAUGAUUUCUUUAAAAGGGAAAACAGACUAUGUACAGGAUGUUUAUUAUACCAAGAUAGGGAAGUGGAAGUUUUUUGCACUCUUUCUAUAAGUUACACUGGUCAGUAUGGUACUGAUAUUUCCAGUCUUAGAUUUGAAGCUUGUGUGAAUGUAGUAUUAGAUAAAAGAGAAGUUUUAACAUGAAAACCUAGAAUCUAGAAUGAUUCUGCCAACAUCAUAGCAUAAAUGACAAAGCUUGUAUUCCUUUUACUCAAGUACUUCACGUGAUUUUUACCUCAAUGCAGCAGUAGCUAUUUAAAAACAGUGAUAAGAGGUUGUUGUUAUAGCCUGUAUUUGUCCACUGUUCAAGAGUUACUGCAUCACUAUUAUGGCAUCUACAUGGACAAAAGAUUUAUGUAAACAAUUGGCCAUUGCUGUUCCACUUACUAACAUUUUGCUUUCUUUUCCCAAUCUAUUGUGUGCUAAAAUUCUAAUUAUACAUUUCUGCUUCUUACUGUUUGUGUUGAUAAUGCAGAUAUUGUUGAGUGAGAAUUGUUAAUAUUUAAUUUAUAGUCAUGAUUUAAAACAAUUGAUGAAAAUAAAUUAUAUUUUAUUACCAA